AUGGUAGAACUCGAGUGUUUUUCACACCUCAGGUCGUACACCACCAAGCCACCGUCGGGAGGGAUACAGACAGCAUUGUCUUCGCAUUUACUUUGUAAAAUCUCUCGCAAGAUUCAAUACACAGUCAACUGCUUACCUGGCUUAGCUGAAUCAUUCUUGAAGCCAAGAACUCUCCAAGCGUCGGCGAUAAUUUUGAGAGUUACUUUGUGUCGCCCAGUCCGAUCAGCUCACAGCCAAGUGACUUUAUCGCACGGCACUUGCAAGUCGCAAUCAAAGGUGUCUUUGGAUAUGCAAGCGGAACGACAAAAUGGUCGUCCGGAACCUUAUUUCGUGGUAUUUUCAACGAUGAUUGUCUGCUUGGCGAUGAGCACUUACUCGUACACCCCUUUACUCUUUCAUACAGCAGCAUUGUUACGAUGUCAAGAACUCCUAUCUUGGCUCGUUCCUCAAACGUUCUUCGCGCGGUAUCAAGGUUUUCUCCAAGAAGUCAUGCUUGCUUGGCAUGUCGGUACUUACUUGUUCGUGAAUGGUCAAUUGCAUUUCCAAAUUAUGAAGACUUAA